CAUGUUUUUUACAUGGAUGGGAGAAUAAUCAAAGAUAUUGUUUUGCUUGUUUGAACAAAUGAAUGAGUCCUAUGAACAGAAAAAAAAGAUUUUUUAUAUAUUUUCUCCAUAUGCUGAAUAAAUUAUUUGCUCUUUUUAUCCAAAAAAAUUUAUUACACACAUAUAUACCAACUUGCACAUUUAUUUUUUGUAUUACAUAAUUAUGCGUAGUUCCAUUCCCCUAGUACUUUUUGGUAUAUCCCUAGUCAUUGGUCAAAAUGAUAAAGCUUUUGAGUCGUUUAUGAGCAACCUGUCAUAUAACUGGCAAAAUGAAUUCCCAGGUCUUAGAUACCAGGUCGCCAGGCUGCAGCAAGAUGACCCCGCAAAAUACAAUGAGCUAGUUGCACAGCUGGGACUUAAAGCAGGCUCGCAGAUAAGCAUUCCCUCGCAGUUCAACUACGCCUGGGCCAGCCAGUUUGUCAUGGCCGCCGGAGUUUACAAGCCGACUGCAAACCAGGAGGCUAACCCACAGGAGGCAAAACCUACGGGAAAUACGGAUAAAACCGACGGUGAUUCGUUUCAGAGCGCGUUAGGAAUGCUUACAGGGUUUGAUCAGACAAACAUGGCCACAAAAACCAACAGCAACAACAAGGAUGAUCAUAACAACGAGGGGGAGUUGAGUGGCGUGGUAAUUGUAAAUGAAGAAGAUAACAAAUCCAGGACCUCGACAUCCACAACACCUACGCGUUCAAGCUCUACCAGGUCUACAGGACCUACAAGCAAAUCCAGCGACAUUAACAAUGAUGACGACGACGACAACAAUAAAGACAGCAAGGCGUCGCAGCAAUUUGGCAACCCGAUAGUUGGGAGCAUUAACAAAGAUAAUGUGCAAAUUAUACCCAGCGGCCAAGGAUACAAUGGAGCCCAGAACCUCAUCCCAUCGAUUCCCCUUCUUGUCAUUCUGUCAUUUUUCUAAACCGCGCAAGAGAUUAGUUUAAUUUACGAUAUGAUAUAUGUUACAAUAGAGUAUAAUCAAAGAGAAUAUUUAUUUCUUCCAAGGAGAGCAAUUCCUAGCUGCCUGACAGCCGCUCUUUUUAUAUGCUCUCCUUAUGAUAUAAAUAAACUAAUAGAAACUCAUCA